UGCAAUUUUUUUUGCGCGCGCGGUUUCUCUUGGCUUAUGCCUACAAUGUCUUAACCUCGUGGGUUUCAUUUCAUGUGCUUCUCUUGGUGAAGAAAAACGAAAAUCCGCUGCGAUUUCUUCCCCUCUUUUUUGUUGCGGUCCAAAUUUGAAUUGCCUUCUCUAUAGUCUCAAGAAGUUUCAGAGCCCAAAAGUUCCCUUCCUUCAUUCUUUUAGGGUUUACGCUCUCAUUUGCAACUCAGAAUCAGAUCAUCUCCCCAAUUCGCUAAGUUGAGAUAGGCAGCCAUGGAUUGGGGCAACGUUACUGCUGAAGAUCUGAUCGAUGCGCUUCGAGAGGUCGAUUGGUCAUCGCCUCCUCGGCCUAUCUCCGAGUUCUUCGCCAGGUUCACUUUCCCCCGAUCUUCCGCCAAGUGGAACAGCCGCCUCAAGUGCAAUCUCUAUUAUUACCGAACCAACUAUUUCAUUAUGAUUGUUUUCAUUCUUGCCUUGGGUUUUCUACGAAGGCCACUUGCUAUUGUUGCUGCUUCUCUCACAGCACUUAGCAUUGCUUUUCUGAAUGACAGUUUUGCAGGCACAUUCAGUGAGAAAGUAACCAGAACUGUUCGACAAUUCUCUCCACAUAUGGCUGCAAAGAUGCGACCUCCUCUUACGCCUGUUAUCCGUGGACGCCCAUCAGCUAAAAGAGCAAUAUACAUAUGCGGACGUCCUCGAUGGGUUUUUGUCUUGGUGUUCUCUUCUGUGAGUUUCAUGCUCUGGUUCAUUUCUUGCGGUUUGUUGACUGUACUUUGGUCGCUUGCCUUUGGACUUCUUGCCACUUUGCUUCAUGCAAGCUUCAGAACACCUAACUUGAAAGCACGUCUAAACACAUUCCGUGAGGAAUUCCGUGCUGUAUGGCGCAAUUAUAGUGAACUGUAGUCACCUGUUACAAUGCGUCCUCUGUUAAUUAUGGUGUUCAUACUGUAAAUCUGUGCUCCACCAGACUGCUUUGCUGCUGCCUCUGAAGAACAAUAUGCUGGGAUGGAAAGUCUCAAGUGAUGACUGCCAAAAUAUGCCAGAUUUUGCAACUUAUGUAAACUGUGGCUCAUGUUUCUGGGAUGUAAUUGUUUCAUUUGUCAUCUGUAUUGUGAAGACUGAGGAUAGAUACAAUGGAAGACUUUCAGUGAAGCAGACUGAGUUUAUUAGAAUAUAUAGCACUCCAAUGGCCCAUUUAGUUAUGAAUUUUAUUACUUUCUUAUUUCUUCACGAAAAGAAAAGGAACAAUCCAUUUCGUGAGCGGAUUGUGGUUGAAUAACAUGUGUGCCUUUCAUGUGCCUUCCGUA